ACAUUCUUUGGAUUUUCUCUCUUUCUCACACAAACAUCAUCCUCAUCAUCACCACCCUUUCCUCUAGCACAAUCACAUUCACAACCUCACUGUCUCAUCUUUCAUUCUUUUCUUCUUCUUCCAUGGCUUCUUUUGAAACAAGAAUGAACAUGGAUAGAGAAAAAGAAGAGGUCAUAGCAAACGGUGUGAAGAUGAGGGCACUUAUGCAGAAGUUAAGCCCAUCUAUCAGAAUCCCUUCUUCAUCUUCUCCAGCUUCUCGUCAUCUCCACAACCUCUAUGCUCAUGAUUAUCCUGUUUUCACUCCUAGCUAUGCAGAUGAGCCUGUGCCUGCAUUUCAUCGCAAGAAUCUCACAUCAUCUGAGAAUUUGGAUGAAUCUUGUGUUGGAGGUGAAGAUCAAGACUUGAGACAUACUCUCAGAUCCCAAACGUUGCAUUUUAGAUCGGUCUCUUCUUGUAAUGACUACAAACAAAGAGGUUUCGACACCAAGAGCUUCAAGAACUCAAAUCUUGUUGUGCCCUUGACUGAUUCACACUCAGCUGCUGUUACUUCUCAGCCAAGGAACAGUGGAAACAGAGUGUUGUCUUGGUUGUUCCCCAAGUUAAAGAGAAAGAAAAAGAGCGACUCGAUCUUUAACUCCCCUAGUAGAACCGAGAGAUCAGAGGAAGUUCCUGAGAAGUUGAAGAGAGAGUUGAUGGAAGCAAACAGAAGCAGAGACGCCGCGUUAACACAAGUCUCGGAGAUGAAAUCUUCGUUGAGAGAGUUCAACGAGAAGCUUCAGUACUUGGAAAGUUACUGUGACAGUUUAAAGAAAGCUUUAGUGUCACGAGAGAAGAUGCCAGUGAGUGAAGAUGUGAUGGUUGAACGGUUCUUGCAGAUUGUAUCCGAAUCAAGAUUAUCGAUAAAACAAUUCUUGAAAACAUUAGUCACAGAGAUUGAUGAAGACUCAACUCUGAUUAGUAACAUCAACACUCUCCUUCAACCCUACAACUUAUCAUUCACCUCUAAGCACUCCAAGAUCAUUCAGUGCCACUUAGAAGCAAUCAUAAGCCAAUCUAUAUACCAAGAUUUCGAGAACUGUGUCUUCCAGAAGAACGGUAAACCGAAGUUUCUUGAUCAAGAACAAGAUCGAAAAGCGAAAUUUUCGUCGUUUGCUUCCUUAAGAAACUUGAGCUGGAACGAGGUAUUGAAAAAGGGUACAAAAUACUACAGCGAAGAGUUCAGUAGAUUCUGCGAUGAGAAGAUGAAUUUGAUCAUUACAACGUUGAAGUGGACAAGACCUUGGUCUGAGCAAAUGCUACAAGCGUUCUUUGUCGCUGCAAAAUGUGUAUGGUUGCUUCAUUUGCUUGCCUUCUCGCUGGAGCCAGCGUUAGGGAUCUUGAGGGUGGAGGAGAACAGAGUGUUUGAGUCAAGUUAUAUGGAAGAUAUGGGUGGAGAUAGGGACAGGCAGAGAUCAACAGGGUCAUGUAGACCGGUGCGGGUUAAGGUUAUGGUGAUGCCUGGUUUUUAUGUUCAAGAUAGGGUGUUGAGAUGUAAGGUUAUUUGCAGGUACUAGUCAUAAGGCUGAUUAUCUCUUGUGUUUCUUCUUAGGCUUCAGUUGUAUCUUGUACAUAUUUGUUUGUUAAGAAUUAUCAUAGGUUAUAAAACUUCACAUUUUUUCUAUGUUAAAAAUUAUCAGAGGCUA